AUGUUGUGUCAGGAAUACGACGGUGUCAGGGCGGACAUCGUCCUUCUUGGCAAGGCACUUUCUGGUGGUGUGUAUCCUGUAUCAGCAGUGUUGGCAGAUGAAGAAAUUAUGUUAUGCAUCCAACCUGGUGAACAUGGUUCGACCUACGGUGGUAAUCCAUUGGGUAGUGCGGUUGCGAUUGCGGCGCUUGAUGUAAUUAAAGAAGAAAAUUUGGUGGAGCGGGCUGCUUCGCUAGGUGAAAAGUUUCGUGAGGCCCUUCGAAAAAUCGAUUCCCCCCUCAUUAAAUGUGUGCGUGGGAGGGGCUUGCUAAAUGCCCUAAUAAUCGAUGAAAGCAAAUGUGAUAAAAAUGCAUGGCAUUUAUGCCUACUGCUCAAAUCACGUGGGUUGUUGGCGAAACCCACUCAUGGUAAUAUAAUUCGCCUUGCACCAGCAUUAAACAUCAAGGAAGAAGAUCUGAUGAACGGUGUCAAAAUAAUCGAAGGGGCAUUGAAAGAAAUUAUUAAUCUAAAUAUUGAGGAUAUUCCAGGAUAUUUAGAAGACAAAAAAUUAUAUGAAAAUAGCUCAUAA